UGUAAACUAAGCUAGGGCGCCUGUUCCGGAGCUGUCAGAAGUCUCUGGAUGUUCAAACCUGCUUUUCAGAGACUCCGGGACAUAUGGAGGUCAUACAGACACAGGUUUGUGCCCUGGGUUGUUCUCAACUUGUCUAAAAAUGAGAAAACUCUGCGGAAGGUGACGGAGCGCUGCAGGGACAAGGUGGUGCCCGAUGAGGAGGUGUUGCAGAGCCUGCUGAAGCUCUUCUCAGCCCUGAUCAGGAGCCAUGGGGCCGAUCACAGGGAACUGCGAGCAGCUCACUUUACCAAAGAGGUGCCAUGUGGAGAAGAAGAGCAGCAUGCAGAAAACCCCGUGUGUAGACAUGAUGCCAUGUUACGGUGUCUGGGAUUCUGCAUUGAUCGUCAGCCCAGCACUCUGCCCUCUGCAGGAACCGGUGUGUUUGUCACCAAAGGGUUUGUGCCAGGAGGAGCCACAGUGGCCAUGUACCCCGGUACAGUGUAUCAGGCCUAUGAGCCUAUCCUCCUCCAGUCCAUCAGUAACCCCUUCGUGUUCAGGUGCAUCGACGGGGUCUUGGUUGAUGGAAAAGACAAAGGAAUUUCCAGAAUGGUGUUCAGGUCCUGCAGCGGCAGGGACAGACUGGGGCCCUUCAUGAUGAGUGACACCAGCUGGCUGACAGCCACUCCACACAACCCACUGGCUGUGGGUCAGUAUGUGAACAACUGCUCCAACGAGCGUCCUGCCAACGUGUGCUACCAGGAGUAUGAUGUGCCAGACAAGUUUCCCAUUGAGCUCUACCAAUACCUCCCCAAUGUCAACUACAGCCAGGACACACGGAGGCCCCUGCGCUGUGUUGUCCUUGUGUCACUCAGGGACAUUGAAGCAGGGGAGGAACUCUUCUCCAACUACUUCACGAUUGUGCAUUAGGAUUAGAACUUAAACAUACCCCGCCUGCAAUGUCAGAACUGAAGAUAAAAUUAUAUUUCUGAAAAUCAAUCAACAUUGCUAUCAUUAUUUCUAUUUCUUUUUUGACAACACUCUUUAUAAACUCUUAAAUACUCAUAUCGGGGGAUAGAUAAAAUACGUCUCACACUCCAGAAACAAAUUGUUUGCAUUACAUAAUAAACUUCCAUGUAACUUUUUUAAAUAAGUUCCAUGUAACGGGUCACAUAAAUUAAGUUUUGAAAUGUAAUGUAGGAGUAUUAAGAAGGGAUCCAACUUUAUGUGUGAAUCUGCACUGUUACGCUUGGAAUAUAUUCCACUUCUGUCCGUCCUGGGAGGACUUGCAACUCUUUCUAAGGUUGCUGUGUUUUAUUCCCCCUGUUAGAGGGGGUGCUUUGAGGAGCUAUCCCCCACCAUUGGCAAUGGUUAAGGACAAACGAUGCCACACCUUGAAGAGAUUGUUUAAGCCCCAUGAAAUAAAAACGGAUUUGUAAAUAUUGGCUAGAUAAAAUUUGAUCGAUUGAUCAAGUGGGCCGAGAAAUAUAGGAUCAGCAUGUCAGGCAGGAAAGAGUUAUUUAUAUCUUAUACUGACAUUUUUUAUAAAUACUUUGCUUUAAAUCCAUUCCAUUAAGGAUCUGCACUCAAAAUAUUACAUGAGCAAAAUUAUAAAUGGGCAAAAAUACACCUAAAUAUCCAGAAAUAAAAAUAGUCAUAAUAAUUACAGCAUAAUUAAUCAGAGGGUUAAGUCUGUACUAUCCAAAAUCUUAAUGUUACUGGAUUGUGAUUACAGUUGUAUUUCUGUAGACAAUAUGUUAGAGUUUGAGUUUGGUAUAGUUGGUUGACAGUGUAUCAAAGUGUUCCCGUUUUUAAGUUUAAGUUGACUUUGACGUUUGAAGUUUUAAAGAAACUGGUAACUAAGUACCUCAAGUGCCCCCCCCUUCUUAAAUAACAGUGCUGAGAUCCACCACAGUAAUGGAAACUUGGAAAAGCAGCAGCGAAGUGAUCAUAAACUGAGCUUUGCUGAGGGGGAGGGACCAAGAGCUCAGUUACAAGCAAUUUUAGGAGGUUCAAAAGCUAUAAUCACUGCACAAAGAUUCAUGCACAUUAUUUGUCCAUUAGGGAUCAAAGUGUAAGGGGACAUUCGUUAAACACAGCCGAAGCUAAAUGGACUCGAUAUAAGUCAACACUUUUUUAUGGAGCAACAACCAAAUGAUGGCAAAGGUGACACAGAUGAUUGGAACCUGGAAAACCGAAAGAAAGAAAAUGUCAGUUGUAGAGGAAGUACUCAAUUAUUUGACUGUGAAAGAACAAAUAAAGCGACAAAUGUUAACUCAAGAAAAAGUAAAAGUAGCAAAGAAAGUUUCUACUUCAUCAAGUAAGUACUUGCUUUUAAAUAUGAUUUAAGUAUAAAAGGUAAAAGUACUUGACGACUGUAGCCUGUUCCCUAAGGCAACAAUUGACUAUAUCUUUAUGGCUGAAUGAAUGAUGAAUAAAUGAAUGAAAACAUUUUAGGUGUUUCUUCACCCGAGAUGCUUUUGCUGUAGAUGUACUCUGGUCUCAUUGGAGGAGGCAGAGUUUAAAGUAGCCUGCAUGCUCUGAUUGGAUCAGUGGAACAAUUCCCCUGUUUGUAAUGAUCACCUUUAAAAAUAUAAAAACAAUCAGAACGGGUCACCCUAUGCACCUUUAAAAAUAUAGUGUAAUAUAAACAUAGUCAAAAUAUGUAUGUGUUAUUUAUAAAUAUUUGUUGACAUAUGCAGUGGAGUAAAUGCACCGUAUGUACAGAUACAUGAAAAAUGUCACUGAGAAUGAUGGGAAGACUCCGACAGACACAAGUGGGAAGAUUACCUGUAUAUUAUU